AUGGCCAUACCAUAUAUUGAUCGACAGAUCUUUUUAGCAUUAGUACCAUAUUUACCAUCGGUAAUCAUUGUUCUACUUAUUGAACAUAUUGCUAUUGCAAAAUCAUUUGGUACAAUUAAUAAUUAUGUUAUUGAUCCAAAUCAAGAACUUAUUGCAGUUGCGACUGGUUCAUUCUCUCGAACAGCAAUUAAAUCUAAAGCAGGUGUUCGUACACCGUUUGCUGGUAUUUCACAAGCUAGUUUAGCUGCAGUUAUUAUUCAUGCUGUUUGUGAUUUAAUUGUUGGACCACGUACAUUAAAACAAUUUUGGCAAAUCAGUCCAGUUGAAUUUCUUAUUUUUUGGAUUGGUGUUAUUGUAACAAUCUUUUCAAAUAUUGAAAAUGGUAUUUAUGUUAGUAUGUUAGCAUCAUGUACUCUUUUACUCUCUCGUAUUGCUAAAGCACAAGGACAAUUUCUUGGUCGAAUAAAAAUUCAUCAAAUUCAAUUAAUAUCUGAUAAUAAUAUUUAUUCAACUAAAGACAAUAUUUAUAUUCCAUUUGAUCAUUCCGAUGGAACAAAUCCAAUGAUUAAUCCAAUUUUACCUGGAAAUGGAAUAUUUAUUUAUCGUAUGUAUGAAAGCUUUCUAUUUCCUAAUGCUACUAAUUAUAUGGAAAAAAUGAUUAGUCAAAUAUUUCGUGAAACUAAAGCUGGAAAAACUAUUCCUUAUAAUAAUCUUGGUGAACAACCUUGGAAUUUAAAAACAAGUCGUCAUCCAGAAAAGGAACAGCAUCCGAAUGACAAUCGUCCUCGAUUACAUGCAAUUAUUCUAGAUUUUACUGGUGUUUCAUAUAUAGAUAUAACUGCUAUACAAAAUCUUGUUGAUGUUCGUCAACAAUUAGAUAAUUAUGCUAACUGGAAAGUUAAUUGGCAUUUUGUUGGCUUAUCAAAUUCGUGGAUAAAACGUGCACUUAUUUCACGUGGUUUUGGAUCUUCAGAUAAUGCUCGCCAUUAUACAUCUACUAAUCUUUUAUCAAAUACUAAUACAAUGCUAGUACCAAUACUUGAUAUUGAUCGACCAUUAUUUCAUAUUGAUAUCGAUGAAGCUUAUACAGCAGCUGUUGCUAGUCUAUCUAUACGUCAAUAA